AUGCGUCGGACUUUUCUUUCAUUUAACAAGGAUGGAAGAGCUGAAGAACGACUGAAUGGCUUCUUUUCAUUGGUUGAGGAGUCAAAAACGGAGUUUAUGGCCAGGCGCCAAGGCUUGCGUAUGGGGGAGGAGGCGAUGUUUCUCGUUGAUGAGGAUUUGCUUCUUAACCAACUCUUGGCCGCCACUCCUUUGAAAUACGACGCAAAUGCCGUUGAACUUCAGGGCGCCGUUGAUGAGAAUGCGGAGGUGGGCGAUAUGGUUCGACUUUCGCUCGAAUUGCUGCGAGACGAUUUUGGCGCUCGACAACAGAAAGAACCCAAAUACCUUGAAUGGGAUUCAAAGUUACCUGCCUUUCGUGGUGAAUAG